AAAAUUACCAGCAAAGUUGAGCUGAAGGACAAUGCGACGGCCCCAGUCAACAUCCGCUACUUCUCAAAGUGCAAGGACGGCACAGAGAGGGAGACCUCGGUGUGCCAGGGACUGAAAGUUGGCGACCAGGUGGAAUUUAAAAUUGAAGUUACCGUCGAGAAGUGUCCUGAGAACCGUGAGGAUUGGAGGCAGCUCAUUGGCAUUUAUCCAGUCGGUUUGAGAGAGAACCUCACCAUCGAUCUCACAAUGCUCUGUGAUUGUCAGUGCGAACGCCCUGGUGACCCUGGCUACAUAAUUGGAGCUGAGCAGUGCAACUUCCACGGCACAUACCAGUGUGGAGUUUGCAAGUGUGACGAUGGCUUCUUUGGGAGCAACUGUGAGUGUGGCUCAAACACACCCUGGGCAACGGGUGACUAUGAUGACUCAAGCUGCCGAGAGACCAACACAUCAGCCAUAUGCAGCGGCCGAGGCACCUGCACUUGUGGAGAAUGCAAGUGUAAUGAGAGAGAUCAUUCUGAAGAGAUUGUAAGUGGAAAAUUCUGCGAAUGCACCAACUUCCUCUGUGAUCGUCACAAUGGACUUCUGUGUUCAGGACUUGAUCAUGGUGAAUGCAUCUGCAAUGAAUGCAAAUGCAAGCCAGGUUGGACUGGAGAGGCCUGUAAUUGUGAAGACAGUGAAAGCAAUUGUGUAAACCCUGAUACUGGAGACAUUUGUUCAAACCAAGGAAAAUGUGAGUGUAACCAGUGCAAGUGUUAUGAGACAGCUGAUGGCAGAUAUUCGGGCAAAUGGUGUGAGGACUGUCCGCUGUGUGGCACUGACUUCAAGUGCCUGGACUUUAAGGAGUGUGUACAGUGUCGUGUUUACGAGACGGGCCCUUUAGCAGAAGAUCCAGUGCUCUGUGAUAGCUGCUCCCUCCUCUACAGCACCAUUACUGACCGAGCCAUUGCCAAACUAUACUAUUAAUGUUACUAACUGGGU